UCUUCUAAAAGCUUCAAGAUUCUUUCACCAACUUGCUUCGGUUCUUGACUAUAUAUAUCUAAGGUUAUAACACUCUUAAUUCCCCUCCACUAAUCGAUCAUCACAAUCUUACUAAACUCCGCUCUCAAGUUUCAACUGAUAGCAACAAGGAAGUUAAACAACUCACAACAAUACAACAAAAAUGGAUGCUGCAAAUGCAUAUAACUCCGCAAAAUGUAUGCUAAUUGGGGAUCAUGUACUCAGAAAUGGGUUAACAAACAAUCAGAACAAUCCGAUGAAACUACUGAUGGCACCAUCUAGUCACAUUGUUGAUGGCUGCAGUAAUGCCAAAAUUUCCAACAAGGGUAAAAAGGAAUCAGUAAUCAGUGCAAUGAACAAACUUGCAAAAGGGAAACUGAGUUUAGGAGCAAAGAUUCUGCAAUUAGGCGGAGUAGAAAAAGUAUUCAGGCGAGUAUUUGAAUUGACUGAAGGCGAACAGCUUCUGAAGGCUUCUGAAUGCUCUUUGUUUACCACAGCAGGACCACUUACAGGCCGUCUUUUCAUCUCCACUGAAAAGAUUGCUUUUUGCAGUGAUAAAGCCAUUGCCAAGUAUUCUUCUCCUUCUGGGGAAACUGUAAGAUACCAUUACAAGGUUGUGAUCCCUUUGAAGAAGAUGAAGAAAGCUAACAAAGCAGAGGAUUUGAAGAAGGCGUCAAAGAAGUACCUACAAGUAGUGACUGAUGAUGAUUUCGAGUUCUGGUUUGUGGGAUUCUUGAAUUACAAAAAGACUUUCAGAAUCUUACACCAAGCACUCUCCUGCUGUGAGCCUCUAUGAAAAUGAGUUUAAGGGAAAUUUUUCAUAGGGAAAUCAUUUGUUUUCCACAUGCAAAUUAGGCCUUGUAUAGAUAGAUAGCUUUGACCUGUAAAAUGUAAAUAUGAUAUUGUUCAUAUUGGUAGACUUCCAGCCAAGUAAAUGCACACAUGAAAACGCGCACUUCUAACAGCAUUGCAAUGGCUGCAGGAAGAAAGGCAACCUCACCUGUGCUGUGCAUCUACAUUGAAAUUGAGAUCGAAUAAGGUUGAAACAGAUGCAGAUAGAGUGCAAACACACCUCACCUGUGCAUCUAUAUUAAUGUAUGUUAAUCGUGAACUGGAUGAAGAUUUUAGCAUGGAAAUUAAACUUGAUCUUUCAUCUUAGUUACGGAUUUGUUAAUUAUCAACUAGUACUAAUUACUCAGCAGUCAACUUAACAGCAAAUUGACUUGUCAUCUUAAUUAUGGAGUAGUUCCUUUUAGCAAGCUAGACGAGUCCUUCCUAUAAGAUUUAUUCUCGUCUAAAGUCUCCAAAUCUCGGAAAUGGGAAACGGGGUGUGCAUGAUUAAGUCAGUAUCACAGUAACGCCCUGUUCUUUUGGACUUUAUUGCAGUUCCAUUCAGCUCAGUUCAAUUCAGUUCAGUUCAGCCAAACAAAGUUCGGAAGAACAGGGCUAAGUAUGUAUUAUCAUUAGGCCUAUUUAUCUUUAUCAUGUAUCAUUGUAUUGUCUUUAUGUAAAAUGUUCCAUAAACACUUAUGUACUGUCUUUUAACGCUACAAGCCUACAACCAAUACAAUACAAAAACAUAUAUAAGGACGGUUUUAUGUAUAAAACCAAGU